UCUUCAGCGACAUACAACUUCCCAAGCCUCAACAUCAAGAAAAGUCACAAUACAACAUGUCCGACAACAACAUCCCAAGAGUGGUUCUACCCGACGGCAACAGUAUGCCGGUGAUCGGCCUAGGCACCAGUGCGCUUCAAACUCCCGGCGAGGUCACCAAGACGGCAGUCCUGGAGGCUAUCAAAGUUGGGUACAGACACUUUGAUACUGCUUCACUUUAUGGGACCGAGCAGCCACUAGGGGAAGCUAUGCAAGAAGCUCUCAAACUUGGCCUUGUCGGGUCCAGAGACGAACUCUUCAUCACUUCCAAGCUUUGGUUCAUUGAUGCUCAUCCAGAUCGUGUCGUUCCUGCUCUCCAAAAAUCUCUCGGGUUACUAAAACUGGAAUAUGUGGACCUGUAUCUGAUCCACAUGCCUUUCAGUUCAAAGCCUGAGAGCAACGGUCUAUUCCCUUCACAAGAGAACAUAGCACCAUUAGAUAUAAAGGGUGUGUGGUCAGCAAUAGAAGACUGCAAAAAAUUGGGUCUCGCAAAAUCAAUUGGAGUCAGUAACUUCCCUGUGAGGACACUAGACGCUUUAUUGUCAGUAGCUACUAUUCCUCCUUGUCUGAAUCAAGUGGAAAUGAACCCUACUUGUCAACAAAAGGAGCUAAAAGCAUACUGCAAAGAAAAGGAUAUACUUAUAACAGCAUAUUCUCCUCUCGGGGCUCCAGGUUCAUGGUGGGGCAACAAUCGUAUCAUGGACAAUGAAACACUCAAUGACAUAGCUAAAUCUCAUGGCAAAACAGUUGCUCAGGUCGCUCUGAGAUGGCUGUAUGAGCAAGGAGUGGGAUUCAUUGCCAAGAGUUUCAACAAAGAGAGAAUGAAACAGAACUUAGAGAUAUUUGAUUGGUCACUUAGUGAACAUGACUUGGAGAAGAUAAGUAAAAUUAAACAGAUAAGAUUACAUCAGGAGAACCCUAUGUUGGAAUACAUUGCUUAGCCUGAUGCUUACAUGGUUCAUAAACUCCAUGCUAAGUUAUAUCAUAUACAAUAACGACUUUGUUUUAUAGUUUUUCUUGUUUUAUUUUCUUAUAUAUUUAGUGCAUUUGAAUUUUUUAACUGGUA